UUGGACAUUUCGGCAACACCGGCACAAAUGCGCAGAAGUUCUUGUUGACGACUCGAAUUUGUUUUGACGGAAAUGGAUGAUUCAGAGGAGGUAUGGGAUAGCUGGGAAGAUAUGGCAGAUAGUGGAGUCCUGGAUAAGAAAUUGCAGGAGGCUCAGAAACAGCGUGAACUGGCCACUCAAGAGAAGAAGGAUGUGGCGCCCUCUGUUGUUCUGCUUGAAGAAGAAAGUCAAAGGACAACGUACCAACCGCAGCUUAGAAUCCUGAAGAGACCCACUGAGGCUGGUGGAGACCAGAAUGCAACAGAGAACAAGGAUGUCAACAAGACCAAGCAAAAGACUUUAGCAGAGAGAGAGGAAGAGUACAAGCAAGCAAGGUUGAGGAUUCUAGGAUCGGCUGAAACUGAUUUUUCAGAAGCAUCACCAAGACCUAAGGAGAGCACCCGUCUGGCUGCAAGCCCAUCCACAACCAAGAGGUAACAAUGUCAUCGGCUCACAACAUUUGGAUUCCAGUCGUGCUGGAAGGAGUGAGAUAUUUACGACACAACGGCAGGCCCAUGCAUGCUUUAACAAAGUCAUACAUCAUGUUUUCCAAGCAAGCGCCUAGCCGUUGAACCAUGUCUUCGAGUUUAUACAAACCAGGUGUUAUCUGAUCAGGUAGGACGAAGGCAUGGCAAGCUGCACCGAGUCAAAGCCUGCGAAAUGCCUCUGUCUUUACCAAAUGCGGAACUAGUUAAACAACCAACGAUGGUUGAACUGUCACACUGAUAUUGAAUCUGAAGACGACGUGAUAGCAGAGUAUCUUGGUUCGAAGAAAGGGGGAUACAAUAAGUUUUACGAUGCUUGCCUGACGAUAUGUGCUUGUGUUGGCCGGAGAGGGAAAGGUUGCUUGGAUUUGAAAUCAAUCUAUUGUGAUAACCAUAGCAUUAUCUCCGUAAAGAGAAUUGCCAACAUAGCAACAACGGAAGGAUCAUAAAGGGUAUUACAGUGAUAUGCGACUGGCGAAAAUUUGCACAUCCUUGUAAAAGGAUGUGAAGAUAAAGGCUCAAAUAUUAAGGUUUGCAAAGCUGCCAUACUGGUUUAUCCCAAUCCUCUAUGCAUAAGUGCAGAAAACAUUUUCUAUUUCCUCAGAAG